AUGACAGCAGAAUUAUCAAAUCAUAAUAUGAAAAAUAAUAGCAAGCAACUUAUAAAUAUAUUUGACCAAUUUAUUAAUCCGUUCAGUGCUGAAAUACCACAAGAACUUUUAUUUAAUAUUACAUCCGGAAAGGCAGCCUCAGAGAAAGUAGAAAAAAUUCGUCUUAGCAUUGAAAAAGCUGGUGACAUAAGACGUCAAACUUUCAUUACAGAAUGUGAAGAAGAUGAAAAUAGAUUUGAAAAGAGCAUAAAAAGUGCCACUAGAAAACUUUUCUGUAGAUUAUGUUAA